GCCGCUUCCUGCUCCGCCCCGCGGCGCUUCGAGCGGGCGAGUCCGCCAUUGCCGCGCCGGCGGCCCUUUCAAACGCGGCAGCCGGCGGCAGCAGGGAGUAACGACUGGGGGAGCUGCCCGCCCCUCCCUGGGGGUGAAGCAGGGCGGGUAGCGGCGCCGUGCUGGUCCCGCCGCCCUCCGUGCCACGCCGCCCUCCGUGCCACGCCGCCCUCCGUGCCACGCCGCCCUCCGUGCCACGCCGCAGCGCCCGGCAAGCGAGUGGUUCGCUCUUGUCUCGCUUGUUCAGGACGAAACGAGCCUGUUCUUCUCCCUUCAUUCCCAGCCCCUCUGCCCGGGGAGAGAACUGCCCGACCCCUGCCAGGGGGUGAGCAGGACCGUGGAUGCGGGCGGGCGCCCUUGGCUAGGCUGGAGCGGGACGGGAAGGCGAUUGAGAGGUGGCACAUUCCCGUGGUUCUCCCACGGAGCUGAUGCCCUUCCCAGGCGGCGAGGGUGGUGGCAUUUAGCUCUGUUAGCCCUUUCCCUUGAACGCUGUCAGCAUAUUUGAAGAAAUCGGUGUCGCCAGGGAGAGAAUAGGGCUUCGGAGCAGGCCUGACCGGCUUUGUACAGGAAAAGUCCUUGGAAAUCUGCACUAGCUUCUCUGAGCAAGAGUGUCUGGGAGUUCUCCAAGGUUUUAACCUCAAGAGGAUUACAGUGGAAACCAACUCUUACUGGAAUAUGGAAUACUGGAGCUGACAGAGAAGGAAGUGUUAAAGGCAGUCUAUCUGGAAAAUAUAACAGGUGAUAAGUGGCCAACCUCACGCUGGCUUGAUCCCAGCAUGCUGUGGAAGGGUGCAUAAAGCUGUUCCCAGUUCCCUCAACACUCCAGUUCAGGUAUUAAGAGCAAAGGAACACAGAGAAGAAGAGUGGCUGGAUGAACUUGGAGGUGUCUCAGAACUGGCAGUGAAAAGGCACCUGGGAAGCUGAUAAGAUGUCAUCUCUACCAAGGAGGGUGAAAUGCGUAGCCAAAGCCCCUACAUCAGAAGAACUACCUUCGUUUCUUAAUUCGAGCUCUGAAUCAGAGGAGGAAGAGGAGGAAUGGGAGCCAAAAAGCAAAAUUGCCAGGAGACCUCAUUUGCCAUCGAAAACUGAGGCAAAAACUAAAAAAGCUGCUGCUCCACGAUCAACUGUGGCCAGGAAAAUGGUCAAGAAGGUAGCAAUAAAAGAGGAAAUGGAUGUAUCCUUGCCUAUUGCACCUGUAGAAGAUAAUAAAAUGCAACUUCUAAAACCUAAGGAAGAAAAUGCAGGCACUAAACCAAAAAGUUUAAAUCGAACGCCAGAAGUGCCUAAGAAAAUGGAAAUAAAUUCAUUCCAAGGGAGAAACCAAAGCAGUUUAGUGAGUGAUGAAAAACCCUCAACAAGUGUUCCUGUAGUGAAACAAGAGAAAUGCGAGGAAGAGUUUGCAUUUGAUGAACCACCCUCUAAAAAGAUUAAGUUGAAUGCAUGUCCUGAAGGAAAGCCAGUUAAAAACCUGGGAGGCAAGAAAAUAAAAGAAGAAUUUGAAAUGAACUGGGAUAUUGUACAGGCCUUGUCAGAAAUAACAAAUGUUGAACCAUGGGUGUGUGCAAACUUAAUUUGGCUCUUUCAAGAGGAAAACACGAUUCCUUUUAUUGCUCGGUACCGAAAGGAGCUCAUCAAUAACCUGGAGGCCGACGCCUUGCGGGAAGUGCAGCACGCGUUGGAGGAGCUACGUACUGUUGCAAAGAAGACACAUACAAUGAUACAGAAGUUGAAGAAAGAAGGAAAGUUAUCCAGUUGCCUUUUAAAAGGAUUGCUAAAUUGUAGAACUUUGGAAGAAUUAGACCAUGUGUCUGCACCUUAUAAAACUGGAAGUAAAGGCACCAAAGCCCAGAGGGCCAAGCAGUUGGGAUUAGAACCUGCUGCUCUCUCCCUCCUGCAGAAUCCUGUGGAACUCAAUCUCUUUUCUUACAUUAGACCCAAUACCAAAGGGCUUGCAAAUAUCCAGGAAGUAGAGGCUGGAGUGCAGCAUAUUUUAGCAGACAUAUUUGCUAAAGAUAAAGAUACACUGGAUUUCAUCAGGAAAUUAUGCCAGCAAAGGUACAUUUCCAUCCAGUCAACAUUGGCAAAAGUGUCGUCCAAAAAUGGGAAUGAAAAAGAUAUUGAUAAAUUCCAACUGUACCAUGAGUUUUCUUGUAAUAUAAAGAAUAUUCAGCAUCAUCAGAUUCUGGCCAUUAACCGAGGGGAAAAUCUGAAGAUCCUGACAGUGAAGGUCAACAUUCCUGACGGGGUGAAGAAUGAAUUCUGUUGGUGGUGUGUCAAUGAAAGAUGGAGACCAAAACAAUUUUUAAAACCAGAAUUUAUGAGGCUACUACGGAGUUCUGUAGAGGAUGCAUAUAAACGCCUUAUAUAUCCUCUUCUCUGUAGGGAAUUCAGAUCCAAGUUGACAUCUGAUGCAGAGAAAGAGUCUGUGAUGAUGUUUGGGAGAAAUCUCCGUCAGCUGCUUCUGACCAGCCCUGUGAGGGGCCGUGUUUUGAUGGGAGUAGAUCCUGGCUACAAACAUGGCUGCAAGUUGGCAAUUAUUUCACCAACCAGUCAAAUACUCCAUACUGAUGUAGUGUACUUGCAUUCUGGUCAAGGAUUUCGUGAAGCUGAGAAGAUAAAGAGGCUUCUGCUACAGUACAGCUGCAGCACUGUUGUGAUUGGCAAUGGCACGGCCUGCAGGGAAACAGAAGCUUAUUUUGCUGACUUAAUUAUGAAGAAAUAUUUUGCACCGCUGGAUGUUGUUUACUGCAUUGUCAGUGAAGCGGGAGCAUCGAUCUACAGUGUCAGUCCAGAGGCUUCCAAGGAAAUGCCAGACCUAGACCCUAACCUAAGGAGUGCAGUGUCCAUAGCUAGACGCGUCCAAGACCCAUUAGCUGAGCUAGUGAAAAUCGAGCCCAAACACAUAGGAGUUGGAAUGUAUCAGCAUGAUGUAUCACAGACUUUGCUCAAAGCAACUCUGGACAGUGUGGUUGAAGAGUGUGUCAGCUUUGUAGGAGUUGAUAUUAACAUCUGCUCAGAAAUACUAUUAAGACACAUUGCAGGACUGAAUACUAACAGGGCUAAAAAUAUAAUUGAAUGGCGAGAGAAGAAUGGACCAUUUAUCAACCGAGAACAGCUCAAAGAAGUUAAAGGUUUGGGUCCCAAAACCUUUCAACAAUGUGCUGGCUUCAUCAGAUUCAAUCAAGAAUAUAUAAAGACUUUUUGCAGCAAUAAGAAAAAUGAACUUGGAAGUCGUGCACUUUUGACUAAAGCGGGUGCACUGGGUAAAAAGAAGAGUAAACUAACAUCAUGUGCCUCACAGCAGCCCAAUCCUUUGGACCAAACUUGCAUUCAUCCAGAGUCUUACAACAUUGCAAUGAGGUUUUUAUCUCUCAUUGGAGGAAAUGCAAGUGACAUAGGAAAAUCAGAUAUGCAGCAAAAAGUAAAUGUAGUUAUUCAAAAGGAAGGACUGGAAGGCACAGCCAAAAGGCUCAAUACCACUGUGCACACACUGCAGCUGAUCAUUGAUGGUCUUACUCAGCCUGAAGGCUACGACAUUCGAACAGAUUUUGAUAAACCUGACUUCAAGAGAAGCAUAGUCUGCUUUGAAGACUUAAGCGUUGGUGCUGUUUUGACUGGAAAAGUUGAAAAUGCAACACCAUUUGGAGUUUUUGUUGAUAUUGGUGUGGGAAAAGCAGGUUUGAUUCCAGUGCGAAACAUAACAGAAGCAAAACUCUCUAAAGUGAAGAAGAGAAGAAGCCUGGGCCUAGGUCCUGGAGAAAGAGUGGAAGUUAAAGUGCUUAAUGUUGAUAUUCCUCGCCUGAGGAUAACAUUGGAUCUUAUUCGUGUUUUGUGAGAGGGGUUUCAGUAACUGAGCCUUGACUUUAAAUGAUAAGUAAUGUCAGCAAGGUUGUGGAGAGUCAGGCAUUUAAUGAAUGUUGAAAAUGAACACAUUUUGAAACCUUCAGCGCCUUGCUUUUUUUUUUUUAUUAUUUUUAAUUUUAGUUUAACAGUUUUACCACACUUCUUGUAUCCUUUCUGUUAAUAAUUGUUGGAACAGUUUUUUGGAUUACCUCCAAGCAACCUUGUUAUUUUGUCUGCAGAGCAAAUGAAGCUCCAGUGGGCUGUCAGACAGAUCUCUUAUCUCUUGUCUGUGCAAGAUUUGCUGUCUUAAUCUUCAGUUAGUACUGCACGAGCAGACACAUCUAUAGCUCUCCUCCCAAAAACCAGCCAUUCAGUUUGCUUGUUUGCUGGCUGACAGUCUAAAGGAGGGCUCCUAGUGGCAGGAAAAAAUGAUCUUUUGAAGUGGUAAUGAUGUUGCAUCAAAAGUGGACUGAGGAAAAAGCAUCCACUAAAACUAUUGAUGGUUUAGAAAUAAUUAUCUUUAAUUUAUUUCAUGUCUGUUUACUGUAUUAUUUUUGCUUGUUCAGUUAUCAUGGAUUAACACAGUUGGAUGUACCUUGCAGUUUAAGGAACUUUGCUCAAAGGUGUCAAAAGACGUUUGUGUUGUUCUAUACUUCUGCAAAAUAAAAACAUUUUUGUCCAUC